AUGCCUAUAGCAUUAUCCAAACUCCCAUGGGACCUCCAGGGUCUGAUUCUAAAAGAAAUGAAGAGUUAUCAUGACAUAUUCAUGAUAUCUUUAUGUUCACAAAAAGUCAAAUCAGUGAUUCGUUCGGUGAACUGGAAUGAACCAGCAUUGGAAUACCUUCUUCUGGGAACCAAAUUUCAAGUGAAAAUUGGAGAAAAACAUGAUUUACAAAAUUUGAUUAUAUGUAAUCAAGUCAAAAAAUUUAACAGAUCAUCGAAGCAAAAACUGUUUAUUGGAGAUGUGAAGUUGAGAUGCGGACUUCGCAAGAGCUACCGCCCUAACAGAGGUGCUUUUCACUACAUUAAAAUCAAGGAGUCAUUCAAGAAAUCAUUCGUCUCUGCCGUCCAGAAUCAUGCGAACUAUCUGUUUCGGAAUUUUUCAAACAUCGAUUUGCGAUAUCAAAUGGAAGAAGACAUAGAAUCUCUCCCAGUGAUCCCAGGCAUUAAAAAUGCAGAGAUCAUCUCAAAUCCAGAAGACAAGAAGGCAAUAAGUACGGAAUGUCUUGAUAAGUUUUUUCGAUCAAAUCCCAACCAGAUCAGUGCAUCAAUUGAACUAGAGAUAACUAGUGUUUUGAAUCAAAAUUCAUCAUUAUUCGGUCUUCAAAAUAUAAUGAUUGCUCAUGCAAGAGAACACUGCUCAACACUUCUUUGGAACUUCAAUGGACAAAAUGCUUUGUUUUUUGAUUCAACAUUGAAGAAUGAUGACAUUAUUCGAUUUCUGAGAGGGUGGAUGUCAGGAAAUGCAUAUCAAAAUGUGGAAAAUGUUCUUAUCGAGAAGAACAAUUAUAAUGAAAAUCCAAAUGAAGUUCUCAUGACAAUUGAAUCCACCGAAUAUGAUAUUGAAACAAGACCAAAAGAAUAUUUUUUCGAUCCAAGGAUAUUUGGCUACUCCAACGAAGAAUUAUUGGAAUGUUUUGAUGCAAGGGAAAUCGAGAGAAUCAACGAUGGAAGAAAAGCGUUAUUUGUUGUCACUUUUUGUUAUUUUCAGUUUUUUGUUUUGAUAUGA